AUGACACUAAGGGCAAAAACUGAACCAUCAAAUCAUGAAGAAGCAAUCAGGAAGUCUUUAAAUGCUGGAAAGCAUGUCAUGGUAGAUUAUCCAGUUGUUCCAAAGUUCAGCAUUGCCAAAGAAUUAUUUGCAUUAGCAGCUGAAAAAGGUUUGAUUCUUCAUGAAGAAAAUAUUGGACUGCUGACAAUGAAACUGAAAAAAUUAAAAGAAGAAGUACAAAAAAAGCCACCAUUGAAAGAAGGAUUUUUAACAAGUCAUUCUUACUUUAUUGGUUGGCUGGAAAAGUUUGAGGAGAAUGGCUAUCCUUUCACUGUGCAACAAGGUUUGAUCAAAUAUAUGAUGUACUUAUUUGGAGAUUUGACCCCAGUGGGGGGUCAGCUGAUCACCAAUGAAAAAGGCUAUGUUGCCACUGGCAAUGUGAAAACCAAGGACAACAAGGAUAUAACUUUAACAAUCCAUCUAACAAAGGAACCACUUCGUUGGGGUAAAGAUUAUCUACUGAAAUUUGAGGAUGGAAGUGUUAUAGACAAAGAACCUGAAGUAUCCCAGAUGACUGAAACUGGACUGGGUUUGUUCAUGGAAGAUCUCUUACACUUUGCUGAAAAAUUGACUGGGAAACGAGAUGUUCAUGAACUUGAUGCUAUUGCUCUCAGGACCCUUGAAAUUGCUGAAGGCAUACAGAAGAAUUUUUCAGUAUAA